ACCGAUCCAGGCAUAUAACUCAUCGGAAAGCUGCAUAACGUGCGCCCUCAUCACUGUUAGUGGACCAAUCAACACACCGCGGACCGCAACGCGUACCCGAAGCCUGCUUUCCGACACUGUACAUACAGCCUCGACCAAGCUGCAAUGUCCAGUCUGGCCAGAGAGUUUGCCAAAACUAAGCUCUCUUCCCUGCCGCCGCCUGAGCCACUCCAGGAAGAGCCGCCCGAGUACGAGGAUGACUCGUCCUCAGCCUCGUCAAUGUCAAGCACCGGCACAGUCAGACCGUCUAAUACGCUGAGACCCGCCCCCGCAAUCCACUGGUCCGAUUACUUUGCCCAGGAGUUCUAUCUCGAACAAGAUCGCAAGGGCGCGGGCCAUGCAAAGUUCCAUGUCUACCUCACACCGCCAGCAUCGCCAAAGGCCCCGCUCAUAGUGCUGCAUCAUGGCGCCGGAAGCUCUGCAAUGACUUUUGCCUUGGCCGCAAAGGAGAUCAGGAAGGCCAUGCCAGACAUCGGCAUACUCGCCGUCGAGGCACGCGAUCAUGGCAGCGUAGUCUGGGAUGCUAGCGGACAAGUGGAUACGGAUCUGAGCAUUGCCCAGCUUAGCCAGGAUUUACUGGAUAUGAUUUUGCUCACGCAAGCCAAGAUGGGUUGGGGAGACCUUCCUACAAUUGUUUUGAUCGGACACAGUUUGGGUGGCGCAGUUGUUACCGAUGCCGCCAACAGGGGACUGCUAGGCAACAAGCUAAUGGGUUUUGGGGUCCUAGACGUAGUCGAGGGUUCGGCCAUGGAGACGCUGGGACACAUGCAUACCUACCUGGCCAGUAGACCCAAGUCGUUCCCAUCGCUGCCUGCUGCGAUCGAAUGGCACAUCCGUUCACGCACACUGCGCAACCCACAAUCGGCCAGAGCUAGCGUGCCGAGCUUGUUGCUACAAACCUCAGACGGAAGAUGGGCAUGGCGGACAGAGAUCUCGAGUACAGAGCCGUACUGGGAAAACUGGUUUACAGGAAUGAGUGGCAAAUUUCUCAGCGGCAAGGGAGCCAAGUUAUUGCUGCUUGCUGGCACAGACAGAUUGGACAAGGAGUUGAUGAUAGGGCAGAUGCAGGGUAAAUUCCAACUACAGGUGUUUCCCGCCGCCGGCCACUUUCUUCAUGAAGAUCUCCCCGAGAAGACUGCCGAAGUCGUAGUAGAGUUUGUGAAACGCAACGACAGGAGCACUCUUGUCCUUCCACCCAAAGUUUCCGAUAUGCUUGCCCAAGGCAAGCGGGUAUAGAGGUGCUGUUGUAUCCACUGGCUUCUCUUUUAGCAAACAUUUUCGUCCGCGUUGACGUCUUUCAUACGCGUCUUUCAUAGGCGCUUUGGGUAUGCUUUGCUCCGGUUUUAUCCCUUCUCAACCUCUUAACUUUUCCAGUUUUCAAUUCCCACAGGCCUACUUAGAAUACAGGUCUGCUUCAAUACCCGAGC